CGGUGAUACGAGCGUCUUUCAGGACGGCCUCCGCGCAUCGGAACACUUGCAGUUCUAGAGUCUUUUGCUACUACUGCUCGACUACUACUAGAUAACUAACUGUUUCUUCUGAUUAUUAUCCUCUCCGAUACUCAACCCGAUCUCCUGCUCUUCCUCCCCGCCCCCCUGCUGAUCUCUACCCCACACCCCACCUCGUUUCUUUUGCUGUCGAAAAGUUGAAGCCAUGUCGAAAUUUGGAGUCCUGGUGAUGGGCCCCGCGGGCGCCGGCAAGACGACAUUCUGCAGCGCAGUGAUCCAGCACCUGCAAAACACCAGAAGAAGCUGUUUCUACGUCAAUUUAGAUCCCGCCGCAGAGACCUUCAGCUAUGAACCCGACCUGGAUAUCCGCGAGCUCAUUACGUUGGAGGACGUCAUGGAAGAGCUCGGGCUAGGUCCCAACGGCGGCCUGAUCUAUUGUUUCGAAUUCCUCUUGCAGAAUCUCGACUUCCUCACACAAGCGCUGGAUCCUCUGAGUGAGGAAUAUCUAAUUAUCUUCGAUAUGCCGGGCCAGAUCGAGCUUUAUACGCACGUCCCCUUAUUACCGUCGCUGGUAAAUUUCCUCUCGCGCGCCGGUCCCUUGAAUAUCUCACUAUGCGCUGCAUAUCUCCUCGAGAGCACGUUCGUCGUCGACAAGGCCAAGUUCUUCGCGGGAACACUCAGCGCCAUGUCCGCAAUGAUCAUGCUCGAGAUGCCGCACGUCAAUAUCUUGACCAAGAUGGAUCAGAUCAAGGACGUCAUCACACGACGGGAACUGAAACGAUUCGCCAAUGUCGAUGUGCAACUCCUGCAGGAUGAAUUUACAGAGGCGGAAGAGGUGGAGAGUGAUCCGUCCGGAACAGGUGCACUGUUGAGCGGUGGUUCGUUCAAGCGGUUGAAUCGCGCAGUGGGUCAGUUGAUCGACGACUUCAGCAUGGUUUCUUUCCUUCAACUAGAUGUCCAGGAUGAAGACAGCGUUGCGGCGGUACUCAGUUAUAUUGACGAUGCGACUCAAUUCCACGAGGCGCAGGAGCCGAAAGAACCGGGUAAUGAGCAGGAAGUUGACUGGGAAGAUGCCGACGUAUGAGCUUUUCUUUACGAGAAGUGAAAUCUCUAUCAAACGGGAAGACGAAUACGAGCUCGAAAAACUGCGCCAAGACGGUCGAGGUGCUGCCUUUGCACUGUUAUGAGCAAGAGAAAAAGACCACGACUUCUAGCAUGUGCAGCUCAUGAGCCGAACUCAAUUUGAGCGGCUACUCUCUAGCUAAAGCCUGGUCGGCGCAGCUGCUCCUUAGAAUGAUCGACAGAAGAAUGGCAAUUAGCUGAGCCAUCUAUAUCUGAGAGAUGAAACAGGCCGGGAUCUAUGAUCUCGUCUCAUGAUAUGCCCGAUUGGCGACGGGAGAUCAGCAUGGGAGAGCCACUGAUAUCACAUCUCGAUUGUGGAAGACAUCUCAAAAUCGCAAAAUAGCCCACUGGCAGAAUGAAUAAAUCUAAUGAAUAUCCUAUA